GUCUCGGCCGAUUAGAUAAGAAGAAGAGGUGGGGAUGAUGCCCCGCCUAGACUAGCCCAAUAUAACGAUAGCUGCUGGAACCACUGGUCCACCGCCACGCUGCUGCUACCAAGGUCGCGGAGCGAUGCACGCCAUGGGGGCCGGCUGUGCCUUACUGUGUACACCUUCUCUUUAUUCCGCUAGGACACAGUGACCGACUUACCGACCUUAUGACAAACCACCUCGUGAUCUUUCCGUUUUAUCCAACCUCCCUCAACUAAACAACGACAAAUAAGGAAUAAGGUCCCGACGUGAUUCUUUUCUUCCUAGCGAAAAAACAACAGCAAUAACAACAAGAAACUCUCCGAUACCCCCGAUAUUCUCCUGCGAACCGGAACUUUUAGUACAUUCUACUGUACUCGAUCUCCUCAGUCAAGAUGGUGUUUCUCAACUUGCUGACAUUUGGCCUCUGGGGAAAGCUUGGACGACUCACUCACUACGCCGUGGAUGCGGUUCUCAUCUCGACUAUCCUCGCGGGCAUGAGGCGCUCGACCGGCCUAACUUUCAACACCGAGCGCGUGACUGUCGGCGAGACUAAAGAGGCCAAUAAGUGGAUAGAAAAGUACCUGGGCGUCGGCGAAUGGGUCAUGGAUCAGUCCGUCGCGAUAGCCGGGUCCAGCGGCUGGUUCCAGCGGACCCGAUGAGCGGUUGGUUAAUUAGUUACGAGACGAGGAGGGUUGGGGAUAACGUGCGAUAUAUCUAUGACUGGAAAUCGAUCCGCUUGAACCGUCAUCGCCGUUACGAUUCUUCUUGGCGAGACGCCUAUCCGAGGCCGGUUACCCCUAUCGCCGAUGCAUCACCACCACCACCACCCCUCCACCUCGAACCGGACCCGUACUCGAUUGGAUUUUCCUUCCCCCUCUUUCACGAACAGGCGUUGUUGUUGUUGGGUCCAUAUAUCCAUUUGAUGAAAGUUUCUUACUGCUACCAUGAUAGAUGAAAGGAAUGAAAUGCUUGCUUUUGCUUGCUUCACUUGGUCACUACUCCAUGCGUAAGGCGACAGUUGUCGCGACCGCAUUACGUUAUAUAAAAAUAUAAAGCUAUAGUCUUAUUUGCGAGCAACGUUUUGUCCCUUUCGUGCCGU